AUGAUCCCUGGCCAAUACUUCGAGUUAAUCAACUUUGGGUUUGGACAAUCAAUGACAAUGUGGGUUGAUGGUUUCGUUGAGUAUCUCAACAAGCAAGCAGACGCCGGUGGAGUUCAGUCCCAACCAGCAUCAGCAGAAGAGAUGAUGAAAGUCAUGGUUGACUAUUGCAUUGGGUCAUAUGAGAGGAGGCGACAACCUGCAGAAUCAGGACAUGAACAUCACGACAAGCCCGUGGAACAAUUUACAAACUCAGACCGCGAGAAUAACGACAAUUCAGAGCAAAAAUCUAUAGACUUCGAACAUAAAGGUCAUGACAAGCAAGACAAAGCCAAGAACCACCACCAGAAGCAUUUGCUGUCAAUUCGCCAACGGUUUUCCCAGUACAUAAACUAUGUCGGAAUACAGGAAACAACCCUCUUUAACAAGUUCAAUGAAUUGGUAGAAAUCCAACAGAAAUCUACUUCAGGGAUCAUCAAACUCAGAGAUGAGAUCUUCAAAGCACACAAGUUAUUCAUUGAUGUUAAAGACAUUCGUGAUGAGCUUAACAUUCUGAAAUCAAUUGCAAAGUACCAGGAAAUAGUUCAAGAAAAGAUGCUGGGUAAGAAACAUUGUGCAGAGUUGAACCUGCCUGCAAGCUAUGUGGUCAACGAUAUUGCGGAGAUGGAUAAGCUCGUGGAAAGGAUCCAGUCUGCCCAAAGCGAAAUAGCGAGCCUCCAGGCAGAUGAGGCCUAUUACACGAACAAGAGAAACAACGAUUUUAACUCUAUCCUAGUUGCCGAUGUCAUUUCUCUCAUCGCUAUUUGCGUUGGAUAUUGA